CAAUUUUCAUGCAGGUUUCAAAUGCCCACUGGUAGGCUGGUUUAAGAAUGGAGUUAAGCAGUCAUGGCGAAUGUUGUGAAUUCAGUGAUGAAAAGGACCUUGUGAAUACGUUUGGCGGUGUUGCUUAUGAUCAUGACAGCAUGCCCAAGGUGGUUGCCGUGCACACUUUGUUACCUGAGAAGUUGAACAAGGAGCACAGCUCUAUAAUUGAUAGGCUACCUAGGAAUAUUAUUGGGAUCAGAAGCAAGCCGAAGAAGUUAAGGAAUUUAAGCAUGGAAGGAAAGAGACCUGGGAUGUGGGCAUUGCAGGAAAGAGAGUUGGGAUGUGGGCAUAUGAACAAGAACGAAGACUAUCUCAAGACGGCAGAUGCAACCACAGAAGUGUGUUCUGUUGCUGAAAAAUUAUCACUUCCGUGUGAAAUCAAUACUCAGACUGUUACGUUUUCUGAGGACAGCAAUACCAGAAAUGGUAGCUUAGAAUAUCUUGAUUGGUUCAGCAUUGGUGUCUUGGCAGAAAAAAGUCCUGACGAACUGAACUUACAGCCAUGCUCAGGAAAAGGCUUGACAGCGGGGAAAAAUAACCGUGAAGGACAAAUCAUUGAAAGCUGUAGUUAUGAAAGUAUGCCAAAGUCUUCUACUAAAACUUUGAAAGUCGCUGCUAGUGGCAAAUUUGCUAGUAUAGACACUGAUGAAGACAAGAAGAGGGGUCAAGAGACAUGUAGCAAUAUUGGUAAAACCGCUGGUAAGUCCUCGCUGGAAAUGUGUCUGGCAGGAACUGAUAACCAGAAACAGAAAAUUGACUGUUUAAUUCCUCGGAAACGGCCGCGGAAGUCAAUUCCAAGGAAAAUCGACAUAAAGAGCGAGCAUUUUGGUUCUUGCUCCCACAGUACUGAUAGUGAAGAGACGCUAAGUGCCGAUGAGACGACUUCAGAAUUGUCAUCAAACAAGUGUACACCUGUAGUUUCUCCAAAAAGCUCAAGAUCGGAUUCAAUAUCUCCCAGAGGCACCAAAGUAAUCUUUAAGAGAACUGCAGGUACAAAGAUUUUUUUUUUUCAUUCUUGGCGUUCUGACAUAACACAUCUAUUCCCUAACUGUUUCGUAUCGUUCUGUGUUUCGAUACUAGGUGUUUGGUCUGUUUCGCCUCUGGUAUCGGACGUAGGGAGUUCAAACAGAGAGUCGGAUGCUGAUGAUGUUAAACAAAGCAAAAAGAUGUGUCUUUUCGCUGAUCGGCCGAUAGCCCCUCUUGUUAUUUGUGAUUCGUUGAACGCAAACUGCAAGGAACACUGUUAUUCUCCUGCGUUAGAUCGGGAAAUACGCAUCAAGGAACUCAUAAGAAAACGGGAAAAGCUUCUGGCAGAGGUUCGGCGGAGUAGAGCAGAAUCUCAAAUCAGCCUGUUAUGAUUCACACCAAGAGCACAUUACAACCUUUGAUCACUUCUCUUCGCUCUGAAACUCAAAUGAUGCAUUAAAGUGGGAAUGCGAUAACCCCAAGCCAACGGCUAAUAAUUAUUACAAACUGAGACCACCAUGUGCAUGGGAGGCUUUGAUAUCAGACAACCUUAUCGAUGAGGUUUUUAAUUUCUGUUUGGUUGAAUUUAGUUCUGUUUUAUUUAAUCGGAUCCAAACGUAUUCAGAUGUCUGCAAGUGUUGGUACUACGGUGUGAGACAACUGCAGCCUUGCAGAAUGAAGCACGUGACUGCAGUUAUUGAAAUGUGUAACCAACGAAACCAGAGCUUUCAGCAUUAAUUCUGCCAAAUCAUUAACGUGGCGAAGUUGCACGUGGUCUGUCAAAGCUUUCAGUAGUGCCGAAUUGAACGGGGAAACAUCAUAGCAUUCCGAAUAUAGGUGAGUUUUACACAAAAGUUUCCUCUCUUUUAAAUUGUCGUAAGUGCGACACUAUUUUCCUAACAUAGUCAGAACUUUCAAAACACUUUAUUUGAUUUAGUUAUUUCUCGAUUACU